AUGGCCCCCCCGCCGCAGCCUGAUGAAGAUUUAUCGGCCCCGGAACCCCCGGCCGCCCCCGCCCGGGCCUCCCCGCGCCCCGCGCGGACACCUGAUGAAGCCGUCAGCGGAGGGAGGGGCGCGCGGCUCCCGGGGACCCCACGAGGCAGAGACCACCCCAAGACAGUCCCCGAGCCCCGGGCGGAUUUGAGGGGAGGGUCUGGUCCACCGUCUAGGGAGCACCCCAACACCGACAGCUCCACAAACACCGCCCGCUCGCUCAGCCUCCGCCUCCCCGCGCGGGCCGCCACCGCGCCCCCGGCCUGGCCCCGGCCUCGCAGGCUGCAACUGCAUGUCCGUCAGCGUCCAUCUGUCCACCAGCUCCAGAAGCGCCCGCUGGCCGUCCUCCCUGCCAUACUCCCUGUGGCAAGCUCUGCUCUCCGGGGAUACUCACUGAGGAAUCAGCUACAGACUCCACCCUCAGGGACCUUUGAGUUUUGGUUUGAGGAAAAUUAUAUUCCAUCGAUCGCGCCGCCCGCCCCCUCCCCCGCGCCGCCCGCCGCCGCCGCCGCGUCCAUAUAUCUGCGCGCGGAGCCGGGCCGGGGCCCUCUGGCCCCCUCCGCCCGCGCCUCCGUCUCUCUCUGCGCCCCGCUCUUUCGGGGUGUCUCUCUCCGUCUUGCGCUGUCUCUGUCCCUGCGUCCCUCUGGGUCGCGGACUCGCCGCUCGCUGCGCGCGUCUUCUCGCUGGUCCCUGCAUCCCCCCAACCCCGGGGCUCUGGGCACCACCCGCCCGACGCCAGUGCCCCCUCCCCAGGCCGCCGCGGGGGGGCCAUGCCUGCGGGACCCGAACUUUGAACACUUCUUCCCAACCCGGAGCAGAGACGCCCCGCCCGGAAAGCACUUCAGUUGCUUUCCCGCAGACUGUGGGGAGAACGUGCUGGGGGCAGUGAGAGGACCUGGGCGGAUAGGGACUGAGCCGCUGUGUGUGGGUCUCCCCUGUUCCCACUGGCGGCUUUCCCACCAGCUGUCAGUGUGCGCGUGUGUGGUGGGGGGAACUGAAGAGAAGUGGGCAGAAGCCUUCCGGCCGAGGCCUCGACACAGGACCCGGUGUGGGGAUGGGGACAGGGAUCGAUCCAGCUCGGCGGCAUCCUACGGGGCCCUGUCCAGCCCUCCAGCCCUGGGCCCCGCAGGCGCCCGCUUCCUCCAUCGGUCGAUCAGCGAUCAAUGGGGGCCAGGGGGGAGCCAGGGGCAGGACGAGAUCAAAGGGGCCCCGGGAGACGGACAGUGUGGAGACGAGGAAACAGAGGCACGGAGGGGCAGAGACGUGGGGACCCAGAGACGCGGGAACCCAGAGACGCGCGGCCUCGGAGACGUGGGGACGGGGCGCAGAGACGCGGUGGCCGCGGCUCGGCUCGACAGGCGGGUGGGGGGUGGGCGCAGCACCGAGGGCGAGAUCCUGGGUCUCCGGGCGUCGGCCAGCUCCGUCAUGGAUUGUAGCUGUGUCUCCGACCUUCUCUUCGCCCCGCCAGCCCUGCCGGCUCUCUGGACCCCUGGGUUUGCCUUCCCGGAUUGGGCCUACAAGCCGGAGUCGUCCCCUGGCUCGCGGCAGAUCCAGCUGUGGCAUUUCAUUCUCGAGCUGCUGCAGAAGGAGGAGUACCAGGGAGUCAUCGCCUGGCAGGGGGACUAUGGGGAAUUCGUCAUCAAGGAUCCUGACGAGGUGGCCCGGCUCUGGGGCAUCCGCAAAUGCAAACCCCACAUGAAUUACGACAAGCUGAGCCGGGCCCUGCGCUAUUACUACAACAAGCGGAUUCUCCACAAGACCAAGGGAAAGCGGUUCACCUACAAAUUCAACUUCAGCAAAGUUGUACUGGUCAACUACCCUCUACUGGAUGUGGCAGCGGCUGCCACUGGCUCACCUCUCCUGCUGACCCCUAAUCCCUUUGGGGGCACCCCUGGAACAGAUGCUCCUCCCCUCACCCCAGAGACCCUGCAGACACUGUUCUCUGCCCCCCGGCUGGGAGACCCAGGGGCCCGGACAUCCCUGUUCACCCCUGAGACAGACAAAUUGCGCCUGGACAGUCCUUUCCCAUUUCUGGGUUCUGGUGCCACUGGCUAUUCCAAGCCCCCUGGCCUGCUGGGUCCUUAUGGUCGCACCUUCCCAGAGUACCCUUGGAACUUUAACCCGUACCUCGCCGGCCCCUUCCCCAAGCUGUCCCCAUCUCUUUACCCCCCACACUUCUACCCCAACCCUCUGGCCAGUUCCCUCGGCCAUCUGCCCGCAGCAGGGGCAGGGGGAAGCCCCACCACGGUCCCCCUGCUCACUGCCAUGGGAGAGGGCCUGGGCCCUGAGCGCCCCUCAGGCCUGGCAGCAGCCCCCCGCCUGGCGCUGCCAGGCACUGGGGGGGUGGAGGCCUCCCUGGGUGGGAAGGACAGUGAUUCGGAGCUGGAGAUCACUGACGUCAGCGGCUGCAGCUCUGACAGCGAAGGCGAUGAAGGCCUCCCCGUGCCCCCCAAGGCCAAGAUGGGCAAAGGGGGUGCUGGCAGCUGA